GGCAGAUUACUAUCUAACACCAGAAAAAUUGACAUCUUAUGUUACAGAAUGAUCGAACUGCUGUGUGGCGUUCUGUGAGAACCAGCAGUGGCAGGUGGCGGUGGUGUUAAAAGGACUCAUGACCUGUAGUAUCCCCCGCGAUCUUAAAGCUGAGAUCUUCAGGGUGCUGGCAGGGUUUGCCAAGACGCCGGACGUGGCAGCCAGCCUGUGGCAUACACUGGAAGCCUCACAGAAUCUGACCACAGUCCAGAGCAGCAGUUCCUCGCAAAGUGGAAUCCAGGUGGAGCUGGAGGAGGUAGAGACCCGAGCGGAGGAAUUCCCCAAUUGCAAGACGCGAGCUUUUGAGUCCUUACUGGACUCCCUCAAUGACAUUCCUGUUCCCCCGGGCAUCAGGGCAGGUCUCAGGGCCCCAGGAUUUUAACCCUACCUAGAGUUUGUCAAGAAUGUUUGAGAAGUUUUACGCCAGCAGUUACAAGAAUCAGAAAAGUGGGAGGUGUCCAGUGACUGUCUGAGGAUCCUAUGUAAGCUCCUACGGGAGUAUGAUGUGGUGGGGAGUGUCUUUGGGGAGGAUCUUGUUGAGGUACAGAUGGG